AUGUCAGCUGGGAAUUCUCCCAGGGAAAGCCUGGAAAUGGAGAGCUUCCACACAAGAUUCAGUGCCUGGACACCUUUCAGCAACAAGUCAUUAAAUCGACAGCUCUUUCAGGAAAGAGUUGCUCUUAUAAGUCACUGGUUUGAUCUCUGGACUAACAAGCAACGUCAAGAAUUCUUAUUCACGAUUUUUUUACGAUGCACUAAAUCACAACUCAGGGUUAUCCAAGACUGGUUUUCAGAAAGGAUGCAGGUGGCCAAAGUGGAUUUCUCUACAGUGUUACCACGCUUCAUUUCUCUAUAUAUCUUUUCCUUUCUGAGUCCAAAAGAUUUGUGUGCUGCUGCACAAGUCAGCUGGCCCUGGAAAUUUUUAACUGAGCAGGAUUGUUUAUGGAUGCCCAAAUGCAUUAAGUUUGGAUGGUUUCUGCCCUAUACGCCAACAGAUAAUGAGUAUGGUGCUUGGAAACACCAUUACAUUGCUUGUGUGUCCAACUUAGAUUGGCUAACCCCUAGGGAAGCUGCUGCUGUUUAUGGGACUCUGAAUGAACCCAAAACAGAAGAUGAAGAGCUACAGGAGAGGCAAAGAGAAAAGUGCCUAAGGAAAAUAGUUUGGGAGAAAAUUGCACUACACAAGCAGGAGUUGUUCAAAGUUCGACCCCCUUGGGUGAGUGGAACACACUGCUCUAGAUUGUUCAAAUCCAAAUGCCAGCCACGUCUCUCCCAGACUGUGAGGGAUCGAGUGAGAUUACAUGAAACUUUGGAGAAACAGCUUGUUUUGUCAUCUUUAGAAUCUUUGCCCAAGCGAAGCAACAUUUCUGGAUGCCAUUCCUACCCUUUAUUAUCAAAGAAAAAUUGGCGUGGAGUUUAUAAAAAUGACAGCAGUUCUUCAAACGCUCUCCAGCCACACUUCAUAUUAAUAUCAUCUCGGAUUCCUGCAUAUGAGAUGGUGGCAAACAGUGUUAGAGCAGGUAUCAUUUCUGUGGUAUAUGAACACAGUGGCCUAAACUUGGAGACCCUACUUUAUCUCAUAGAAAAAGCUCUGGAUGGGCAGAUGGCACAGAGUGUGGGAAUAUUCAGUGACGGAGAUAGCAGAGAAAUCAACUUACUCCAAGGGUAUAAAAUUGGUAUUAAAAAUUUAUUGAUGCCUGAAGUGAGAGACUUCUGGGAAAAAUUAGGAAGCUAUGUGGCCCCUGAAGAAGAAGGGGGUCACGUGGACCUCUUUGUACCACUUGGAGCAUCAGAGGCAGGAAUAGAAGUUCUUUCUCAGCUGUCUCAACUGACUGGCACGUUAUUUACUGCUCCCACUGGGAUUGCCACUGGCUCUUACCAACAUGUUCUUAGUGACUGGCUGGGACGACAGUGGGAAACGGCACCCCCUUCCAUCUACUUCAGUGAACCAAAGCUGCAGACAUGGUCCAGCUUCACCGACUUCCUGGAAGACACCUUGAAAUCGGUAAGGAAACAAUUAAGUCCUCUCUUCAAGGAGUUGCAGAAGAACAUCAGUGGCAGGAUGAUAGGGCAAUUUGUAUUUGACACCAUGAGUGUGGCUAACAUUCUGAAUAACCAAGAAAUCGUACAAGCUCUGGCAGAUGGAUUGAUAGAGCUUUCAAAAGAAAAUUCUGAAAGAGAUGUUAUAGAAGAUAACCCUCAGGACACAAAACCAAGUCUCAGCAAAAAUGAUCCAAAUUUUGAGUUGCUGGUUAAGCUGGAGAGAAAACUCCAGCUGGAUUCAGCCGAAAAGCGAACGAGAGUCGUCAGGGAACUCUUCAAGAGCGAGAGAAAAUAUGUGCAGAUGCUGGAAAUUGUGAGAGAUGUUUACGUGAGGCCACUGAGAGCGGCACUGUCAUCAAACAGAGCCAUUCUGAGUGCUACAAACAUCCAGAUCAUGUUCUCUGAUAUUCUGCAAAUCUUACGUCUCAACAGGCGGUUUCUAGAUGACCUGAGAGACAGACUACAGGAAUGGGGCCCUGCUCACUGUGUGGGAGAAAUAUUCAUAAAGUUUGGAAGCCAGUUGAACACGUAUACCAAUUUCUUCAACAAUUAUCCUAUGGUUCUAAAAACUAUUGAGAAGUGCAGAGAAAUGAUACCAGCAUUCCGAGCUUUCCUGAAGAGGCACGAUAAGACCAUUGUUACCAAAAUGCUGAGUCUUCCGGAGCUGCUUUUGUACCCAUCCCGAAGGUUUGAAGAAUAUCUUCAUCUUCUCUAUGCUCUGAGGCUUCACACUCCUGCAGAACAUAUUGACCGUGGAAACUUGACCAUUGCAAUUGACCAAAUCAAAAAUUACAAAGGCUACAUAGAUCAGAUGAAGCAGAACAUCAAUAUGAAAGAUCACCUGUUAGACAUACAGAGACUCAUCUGGGGGUGCCCUACUCUAUCAGAAGCAAACAGAUAUCUGAUUAGGGUUCAAGAUGUGGCCCAACUUCACUGCUGUGAUGAGGACAUAAGUUUCUAUUUAAGGCUCUAUGAACAUACCUGUGAUCUCAGUCUUUUCCUCUUCAACGAUGCACUGCUCGUUUCUAGUCGGGGUACAUCUCAUACUCCAUUUGAAAGGACUUCAAAAUCAACCUACCAAUUCAUUGCAUCAGUGGCACUUCAUAGGUUAAUCAUAGAAGACAUACCAGACUCCAAAUUUAUCAAGAAUGCAUUUAUUCUUCAAGGUCCAAAACAUGAAUGGAUCUGUGCAACAGAAGUUGAAGAUGAUAAAUUUCUAUGGUUGUCUGUACUCCAAAAUGCCAUCAAAAGUAGUAUGGAAAAGUGA